AUGUCCCUCAUCAGCGCCACAACUGCUGCUGUACGAAACAGCCCCAGAGAGAUAUUCAAUCGAUACUUGUUUGUCUGCACCUGGAUAUGGAGCUUCUCAGGGGUCGCGAAAGGAUUCGACGAAGGCAAUAUCGCAUCCCUGGUCACAAUGUCCGUCUUCAAUACUCGAUUUGGGAUAGGUGAUCAAUCUGAGAGCCAGUAUUCAAACACAAAAGGUUGGAUUGUUGCUAUCGCAACGGCUGGUGCUGUCCUUGGUUGUUUGGCCUGCGUAAGCCUUACUGAGAAGUUAGGCCGUAGGCUAACAAUGCAAAUCUUCACGUUGAUAUACAUUGCCGGAAUCUUGGGACAAACAUUCUCUAGUGGAAAUAUGGCUGGUCUAUAUGUCUCGAGAAUUAUCUCUGGAGUAGGAAUAGGUGCUACGACGGUGCUGCCUCCCGUUUACAUUUCCGAGAUUGCCCCUCGGUCAAUACGCGGUCUCCUGACUCUCCAAUACACCUGCUGUCAGCAACUGGGAGUUGUAUUCGGCUUCUUUUUUAACUACGGCAUCACGAAACACUAUUCAGGCUCCCAAAUCCAAUGGCAACUGCCAACCGCCCUCCAGAUAGCGCCUGCCAUAAUAUGGGGUUUAGGAACAUUUUUCACGCCCGAGUCUUCCCGUUUUCUGCUGUCUCGUGGAAAAUCAACAGAAGCCCUCAAGGUUCUCUGCGAUUUUCGACAACUUCCUGCCGAUCACCCCUAUGUGCAAGACGAGUUCAGAGCAAUGGAAGCCCAAUUGAAUCACGAAUUGGAGAUUGUAUCAGGCGCUUCGAUACUUGAUCUAGCAAAGGAGACGUGGACCGACAUUCCCAAUAGACGACGAUUCAUAUUGAUGUUUCUGGCGCAUUUAUUUUCUCAAUGGAGCGGAGCAAACGCCAUUACUCAAUAUAGCCCGUCCAUUUUUGGAUAUUUAGGCAUCCAAGGCGAGGAGAGUCGUCUCCUUGCUACUGGAGUCUAUGCGAUUCUCAAAUUCGUCUCAGUUUUGGUCUUUUCAGUAUUCGUCAUCGAUUUCAUCGGCAGGAGGCGGUCCCUUCUUACUGGAAUAUGUCUCCAGAUCACGACCCUUCUUUUUGUUGGCGUCUAUCUCAAAGUGACCAACAGACGAGACCCAGCAGACAUUUCUGCAGACCCAGCAGCCAGGCGAGCAAGCGAAGCUGCCAUCGCGGCAAUCUACUUACAUGCCAUCGCGUGGUCUAUAGGAUGGUUUUCCAUCCCUUACCUCGUCAGUGCAGAAGUCUUUCCGAUCCGUAUCAGAUCUCUGUGCGUAUCUGUUCUCAUGGCUUUUCACUGGGCAUUUUACUUCGGCUGCUCGCGAGCCAUGCCAUCACUUUUGGCCGCUACCGAGCGCUAUGGUGCCUUUAUAUUCUUUGCGGUCAUCUGCUCUGUUUCCCUCGUCUACGUGUAUCUUGCCAUGCCGGAAACCUCUGGAAGAUCGCUAGAAUCCAUGGAGAACCUGUUCAGGCGACCUUGGUACACCGUGCAUAAGGUUGCGUACCCAAAGGCGGAGGAUCUCGCAGCUAGACCGGUCAUAAUAGAUAAGAACGGACAAAAGGAGGGGGAGAAGGCCAGCGUCACCCACAUGCCUUAG